CGUGGAAGUGCGGAAUUUAGCUGAAGUCUUCAAGACCACUGUUCUUGUCAACUCUAGUUUUAUUUGAUGUUGAAACUACGGGAUUACCAUCUGCUAACUUCAAUCCAGAAAUUACGGAAUUAUGUAUGUUGGCUUGUAGUCGAUUUAGUUUGGAGAAUGCCACUGCUGAGCCUAGAGUAGAAAAUAAACUCACACUAUGCUUUAAUCCUACCAGGACUAUUUCAUCGAUAGCAUCUAAAAUCUCCGGUUUGAAUUCUGAUAAUUUGUUCCAUCAGAAGGAUUUUGAUGCUAGUGCAGUGGAUCUUAUUCAACUGUUUCUUAAUCGAUUGGAUUCACCUGUAUGUUUUAUCGCUCAUAAUGGACUUCGUUUUGACUUUCCAUUGUUGAGAGCUCAAAUAAUGAGUGUCAAAGGAAAAGAUUACAAUCUGAAUGACUCUACAAAUGCACCUAUUAUAUGUACAGACACAUUGCCUUUAUUUCGCGAGUUCGCCUCCCAGUUGUCUGGAGUAAAUUCAGAUGAUUCUGGCUUUAUUUCAACUGAUGAUCAGUCAUCUACUCCUGUUCCUAUAUCUCAUUCUAGUCCAAUAAAGUUACCUACUACUACAAACAAACAUUCCUUUCAUUUAGGUGAUAUACAUGAACGUGUAUUUGGUGAAAAGCAUAAACAUGCUCACAGUGCAGAAGGUGAUUGUAGAGCGAUGCUUCGAUUAAUCCAGUAUUUAGGAUCACCUGCUAUCGAUUGGUUACAAUCUCACUACAUAAAUUUUAAUUCAUUAACACCUAUGUACAGCUUACAGACACCCGGCACUAGUCGAAUUUGUUCUCUGUUCCCUUACCAAAGAACGAAAGUAUAUUCAGAUGUAUCCCUUAGUGAUACUACUUCUCAAUUAGAUAACUUGCAGUUGGAAUAAUAUAAAAACCUUGUAAAUAUGUUUUUAUCAAGAUUAUUUCUGAAAUAACUUUUUGGUGUUUUUCUGACUUACUUUUGGUUGUGUUAACUAAUUUGGCUGACUCGUCGACAAACUUUCAUUUUUUCUAAAACUAAAUACGCACAGUUGUUUGCUUAAAACGUUUUUAUAUUUUUUAACUUCUUAAUGAUCGAUUUUCAUGCUUGUGCUGUUUUUAAUCUUUUUUUAUUCAUUUAUUUAUUUGCUUAGAUAAAUAUGUCAUGCCAAAAUAAAUUAGAUCUCCAUGUUCUUUCUGAUAAACGUUAUUUCUUUUCACCUCAUUUGUAUUAUUCCUUUAAUCAUGAAGUAACUAAAUGAUUUACUGAAAUUUUACUCUUAUGUCUAUUGUGGAUUAACGGCUACUUUUUUUAUAUUUUGUUGGUUACAUGUUGUGAUUUUAAUGUAUAUGUUUGUGUGUAGGGGCAAAUUUAUUGCUUGUAAAUUAUUAAAUUCUUUUAUCCAUGGUGUAGCUCAAACACUACUGUUCUAUACGAUAUGUUUAAAGGAAUUCAACCACCGUAAUGUAGUAAUGCGAGAAUGUAGAGUCUGUUGUAUUAGUUCCACUGCUUGCUACUUCAUUCAUGUUACAUGAAGCUCUCAGUUGUUAAUUUAUUUUAAAUGCAAUGCUGCAAACUGGAUGUUCCACAGUCUGACUACCGUUUGAAUAAUAAAUUACCAUACGCUGAUCUUUCGCUUGCCAAACCACUUCCGUAACAUACAAGUACCCAAACAACACAGGUUUUCAACAGCUCGUUGUAAAAAGAGUGAGUUUAACCACAAGUCGAAUGAACCAACGCGCCCUGUUACCCAUUCAAGAUUUUGUCGGGAAUCACUAACUCAGCUGAAGUGAUGAACGCUCUUAACUUCAUUUGGUAUAUUUAAACCUUUAACAGGGAAGACUAAUUCCAUACAUCUUAAUUUGUUAACUCAAGGCAUUCAUAUUGCCACUAUUCUCAUCGCAUAUGAUUGUGUGUGUCUACUACUGGCCUAAUACAAAGUAGCUUUAUUUAAAUAAUGGUUCGUAACUCAUUAGGGACUGGGACUGAGAUUUGUAACUCAGUAGCCUAGUAUGUAGAGGAAUUAACUAAACAGAUUAUAAAUAGAUACCACCGGUGAUAAUGUAGCACGAAAUAACUAGAGAUAAAUAUAAAAAAUAUUUGACCCUAGUUUCUUAAAUCCUACCAUAAUUUACCAGGACACCGAAAAGUAGACAGGUGUACUAAGUCAUUUCAGCCAAAGCCAUGUGCGGUAGCACAACGUAUGUCGUGACUUACAGUUAAAAAUUCCAAGUCAUGAGCAUCCUACUGCUCCCCAUCUUUGAUUCAUCCUUUUUGUACUUCUAGUCUUAUACAACUGUUCACGUCUUCGUUUUGACUGCUCUGAUUUCCUGUUCGUUAAUUUACACUUCAUACGUCCGCAUGAGGCAUACGGCCAACCAUUACAAAUAUGUGCUAGAACACUUGCAAUAUUUCCCGGUCUAUCUACUUGACUUAGCCCCAUUAAUUUGCUUAGCCCCUAACAAUAGGCAUAUCAGAUGAAUGAAGACCUGUCUCGAUAUCAUGCUACAACAUUAGGGAUCCAUAAUCUCAAGCAGUGGUGCAUGACAUAAGAAAGUUAAGUAAUCGAACUUGUCCAAUUAACUAGACCCUCAGUCUCGACACUAAUCUCAUCGCGGGACGAAUGUAACGCUUCUGAAGAACAGAUUCUUGCGAUUCAAAGGCUUCAUACGCUCCGUACUGAAAACUGUCCAUGACUUCAAGAUAUGCUAAGUGGGAGUAUAUGCGCGAUACUCGUCUUCCUUGGGAAAAUGGUUAUUUACCCCCAACUGUCUUUAAUCUCUGACAUCUACCGACGAGUUAAAAUUACGGAGACCCAAUCCCUUCCCCCUUGAAGUAUACAAGUCGUUGGUUUCUAGGUUUGUUACUCGAAUAGUGAUACACGCACAGCGGAUUUGAGUCGAAACGGACCAAACCGACAGCCGUGCUGCUACCAACACCCCCCCCACAGAUGGAGCCCAACCUCAAUACCGCAAGCAGCCAGUCUUCGAGUUUCACAGACGACUAGAACAAGUAUGACACGCUUAGCCAACACCUCACUCCAUCUUGCCCAUUGAGUAGUUGACCAGUGGACUGCAGCCGUCAGGCUCGAAAGCAGCUGGCAACGGGGUCUAACGUGGUCAGUGGCCAGGACAGACAACCAACGUUCCGUACACACUAUAUCGGGACCCUAAAUAUAUUAUCAUCCUGACUACCCAUAACAAGUCUGGAUAAGUCCACUAAACGCGCGACUUUACUAGUACCCUAGGCCAACAUUAUGAAAUGUCACAGUGACGCCACUGAAUGUUUUACCACGUACCACAAGUUGGGAUCUCACACAUCCCAACUGGACUCGGCACCGAAUCCUUAUAAUACAGGACGUCCCGUAAACAUCAAGUUAGCUCGCAAAACAACAUCCCAGACUAGUUGGUGAUAAAUACCAACAUGUCAAUCCUCUCUUCAGUGGAGACUAUCCUCCCGAGAAUAACUGUCUGGCUCCUAGUUAUCGAAUCACAGUCGCCCAAGCAUGACAUUCUGAAAAUUCGUAUGUAUUUAGUUUCUUGGACGCACAUGGUAAAGCACUACGAAACUGAGAUACAACUGGCAGUACAAUUUGUGGACAAAACCAAAGCAUGCGUUACCAAGUACGUGAGACUAAUAUCGCACUAGUGAAUAAUAAAGCGACGGACAUCUCUCCACUUAAUAGGGCCGCAUUGUUUUAUCGGGUAAAUCCCAAACACUAAGUUAUCAAAAUCAAAACGAUAGAUUUAGAGUGAAGACAAUGAGAUAAAUAAGUAAAUUGAUAAAGUUAUAUGUACAACGCCACUAUAGUCAAGGAUUUAAGUGACAAGCUCACGGGGUCUGAAAAAUGUUAAGAGAGAAUUCCUGUGGAUAAAUCAUCACACGCGUCACACUUUAAAACAUCUAAGAGUUCAUCCAGGCUUUCUUCCGAAUUGUAAGCAUCUGUUAAUCCAGGAAUGUCUUCUAUGUGGUCAUCUUGUAGACUGUUUAAGAUACUAUCGUACAAGCAUAGAGAAUAUGGAAUCAGGUCGUCAGAGCAAUUGCUGUCUCCAGACUGUUUGGUUUCAGACACAUCUUGAGAUGAGACUUCGACGGUUUGAGCAUCAAACAAAGUUGAUGAUAUAUCUUCAGGCACAUCCUCGAGACUGGAGUUUUGGACGCAUUCUCCAGGCCAUUGUAGAGGUGGAGGAAGAGUAGAACGGACAGACAGAGAGCCACUCCCUUCUGCAGAGGGAGGAGUUCAGCUGACUCUGGUGGCUCAAUCUGACUUCCAGAAAAUUUCUCCACGUGUCUGAUAAUACCACUUAGUUUUUCUUGCAGUGCUUGGAAUUUUUGCUCUUGUUCAACAAACUUAAGGCGGAGCAUUCGGUUUGAGGAUUUCAGGUAAUCAUUUUCCCAACGGAGAUAAGCUAGAUUUUCCUCCAUACUCUCCAUCAAACCUUUCCUGCGGUCACGCGCUUUCUGAGCUGCCUCCCGGUUAAGUAUUUUUCUGCAACAAUAGACAAAUUAAGUAAAUAACUGUACCUCCGGAUGAUUUUCUCCUCCUCGGUAAGAUUAUCCAACCUAGCUCGCUUCCUGUGUGACAGAAUAGUGGAGGGUUCUGGGUAAGGCAGCGACUUUCGAACCAAAGCUACCCUAUCACUAGGACAAGGUAACCCUCCAACGGCGACAACAGGACUCCACAUCACUUUGCAACAAAAAACACUAUGCUUCCCGCCAAAUAAGU